AUGUCCAGACGGCUAGGACGACCAGCGAAGAAAAGAGAUUCUCAGUCACGGCUAAGAGAAAACUAUAACAGUCCCGCCCAACAGCAGCCAGCAUUGGACUACCAGGAGCACGAAAAGAAGGCGCCAAAGGUGGCAAAGAGAAAACACCACCACGCAAGCACAGAGGCCGGGACUCAGACGCCAAAUCAGGGCAUGAAGAGCGUCUCCGAGGAAAUUGGGAACAAAGUGCAUACGCCAAUGAUUUCUGACGAAAUUUCCAUAUUUGAUAUGGACAUUGCAUCCGAAGUCUGGUUGCAAGAAUUGAUGUCGGCUCAAUUCAACGAACCUGUCAUGAAUUCCAUUGACACCGUAGAUGAUAACGAAAAUAUCGACCUUGAUGAUCUCAUUGAUCCAGUUGAUAACUCCAAAUACCCAGGUCCAUUUGUUGGCUAUUCUGGCACGGACUCGUUUCCUUCAUCGAUUAUGAUGGUAUCUGAACCAUCGUCAGUGAAUCCAGUUGCAAGCAAUUGUCUUACCGGUUUCCAAGGACCUCAGGACGCGGCGGGAGUACCGUCAAUUUCUCAACAGCUGGAUUCCUUUUCUUCAUUCUACACAUCGAGUAUGGAACGAAAAGAAACACAGUCUCAAUCAGACCUAUGGGCCAUGAGCGGCGUCCCAAAUUCAAGCAUAUUCAUGGACUCAUACAAUCACAAAAAUCCAUUUGAAUCCCCAGAAGAUAGUAUGUACUCUUCGGAGGAACUUGAGACUGAGUUGAUACCGGCAACGCCAAAAGGCUGCAGUUGUACACCGGACACCUGGUCAAUAGGGGAGUUGGUCCGAGCUGGGCUGGAGCAGAGUAAAGAGGAGACCGAUAUUGAUAGUCUUUUGGCAUACGAAAAGGAGCUUCAGCGACAAGCAGAAUCGAUUCUGCGAUGCAGAGUUUGCUUGAAAACAGAGUCUCGCGCUAAUCUGCUCAUGAUCUUUAUUGUGAGCAUUGAUAGCCUCUUGACCACGCUAGAGACAACUGCAACAUCUGCCAAAUCGUAUCUACAAGAAGACGAAGUUCUUUCGAAUUUACAGUGCGGGAUCAGGAAACAGAGAGAUUCCCAGAACUGUCUUGGCUUUCACACGGAAGCGUGCCCUUUACUUGUGGGAACUUUUCAAGUUCCCAUGGAAGACAAGACUUGGUUCAUCUGGCGCAUGCUGCAGACACGACUAUCUAUGCUGCUAUCCACAAUUCGGCGCAUUCGGGCUUAUAUACAAGAUCUCUUCACCACCACGCCUUAUAGGGGUCGAUUGAUGAUGAUCAUGGAGACAGACCGACGGCUGCAGUUGGUUUUAAUGAAGAUCAGAGGGUUGACUGGUUGA